CUCUUGUGCCAAAAACUAAUACAAUAAAGGGAUCUAAUAAUAUUAUUUAACUUAAAUUAUUUUUAUAAAAGUUAACUUUAAGAUUUAAAAUGUUUAAAGUAAAUAGUUUUGUGAUUCUUUUCCUCGUGUACGUUGCUAAGUGCGAAGAUGGAUAUCUACCUCCCUACAUCACACCAUGUGACUUCAAAAGUGAUAAUUUCAUCGACUGCAUCAAAGAACAGAUUGAGACUGCUCUCCCCAAGUUCACGAAGGGCAUCCCAGAAAUGGACGUGCCAUCCAUAGACCCUGUCAAAUUGAAGAACAUCGAAAUACUUGGCAGUGGCUUGAACCUCACCUUUAGUGAUGCAGCUAUGCAUGGACUUAGCGAUUGCAAAUUGACAGACUUAAAGUUAGAGUUCACUAAAACCGAGGGAACAUUCACAUUAAAAUUCAAAGGCAACCUUAGUUUAACCGCCAACUACGUCGCCGACGGCAGAAUUCUAAUUCUACCUAUCAAAGGAAAUGGAGAUGCAUUGGUUUAUGCACAGGGUGUCGAAGUCCAGAUUGACAGCAAACUGAUUAUUGACAAGGACAGCAAUGGCGACCACUUGAAGCUUGCUACACCGAAGUAUAAAUACACUGUUGAACGCACUACGUUUGACCUGAAAAACCUGUUCAACGGGAACAAACAACUUGCUGAAACAACACUGCAGUUUGCGAACGAGAACUGGCAGCAAUUGAUGGACGAGCUAUCUCCACCAGCCAUUAAGCAGAUCGUAAAAACCGUUGUAAAAACAAUCAACAAAUUCUUCUCAAAAGUUACCAUUAAGCAAAUCAUCAAAGGAUUUUAUGAUGAUUAAAUUAAAUGCCUAGUGCGAUGUAGGAAGGGUCACCAAAAAUUUAUAAGUUGAUAGCAUUGUCUUCGAAUUGUUUUAAUUUCUUAUUAAUAAAUUAUACGGAAACAUUUAAAA